GGCGGGCCGCAAAACACGCUGGAUGAGCCGGUGUGGGAGACGGCCAAGCGCGACCUGCGCCGCAUCUGCAAAAACCUGGUGAUGGUGGUGUUCCCCUUCAAGGACCGCAGCCAGCAGUCGGCGGCGCUGCGCAACUGGGACCUGUGGGGCCCCAUGAUCUUCACGCUGGGCCUGGCCACCACGCUGUCCCUGGGCGCGCAGACCGCCUCCAAGACCUUCUCGUUAGUGUUUGCGCUGGUGUCCAUGGGCGCCAUUGUGCUGACGGUGAACGUGGUGCUGCUGGGCGGCACCAUCGGCUUCUUCCAGUCGCUCUGCCUGCUGGGCUACUGCCUGUUCCCCAUGGACGUCGCCGCCAUCGUGUGCGUCACAGUCAAAAUCAUGCUGGUCAGGUGGAUUGUGGUGCCCGUGAUGAUUGUGUGGGCGUCCUGGGCCAGCAUACCCUUUGUGGGCGGCGCCGUGCCAGCCAACCGGCGGGCGCUGGCCGUCUUCCCGCUGGUGCUGCUCUACACCGCGGUUGGCUGGCUUGCGCUCAUCACCUAG